AUGGCAGCCAGGACGACGUUGGCUCUGCUCCCGCUCGUGGGCGCAGUCGGCUGGAGCGCUAAUGCAAAGCUCACGCGGAUGCGCCACGAGACGCGCGCGCCUCCCGGCGGCGAAGCGCUCGAGUUCGUCACGGGCUCAAUGAACGACACGAUCAUGGAGACCCUCGAGACGGGGGACCUCAUUCUCUUUCAGCGCAAACUGACGGCGUUGCAGCCUCUCGCGGCGUUGCACACGUGGGUCACUCGACUGCAGCUGCGGCCGCGCUUCGACCACUGCGGUUGGAUCUACGUCGACCGCUUGGGCCGCAAGUAUAUCGUGGAGGAGACGCUGGACAAGGUGCAGUGUCGCCCGUAUAGCGCCCGUCUGCUCACGUCCGAAGCGAUUGAGAUCUCCGUGUUGCCACUAAAGCUCGAGCGAUCGAAGGAGAUACAAGAGGCUGCGAGCUCUUUCAUCGCCUCAAGUGCGGGUCGAGCGAGUCGAAUCUCGUUGCUGCACACGGCGUACGCGCUGAUCAGUCCCGACAAACUGUACAGGUCAAGUUCUAACGCAGUGCCUUUGUUUCCAGCGGCAGCUUUUGUGGUCGAAGCCUACGACGCCAUGGGGUUAGUGGACAAGAAUCGACUCAAUGACAACCAACCGCCGCUAUCGGCUGCUGUCGUCACGCCACGCGACUUGGCAACAAGGAAAGUCGAACUGCAGGUGCCGACUGGACAGCGGUCGGGUGGUGCCAAACGUCCAGCGUUUGGUCGCUUGAUCCCGAUCAGACUCCAGUAG